AUGGAUCCCGAGUCGUGGACGACGCUGGUCAAAAAGGCCUUCCUCGCGGGUCAAGAGCUCUGCAAAGAGCGGAAAAAUCCGCAGCUCGAUCCUGCGCAUGUCUUUGACGCGAUGCUUCGCGACAAGCAGAGCUUUGCGACUCAAGUCCUCACGCAGUCGACUGGCGACUUUGCGCAGUGCCAGGAGGAAGUCCACAAACUCGUGCUCAAGUUCCCUCAGCAAACGCCGCCGCCCGACUUCCCUUCGCCCAACCACGCCAUGAUGAGCGUCCUCAGACAGGCGCAGGACUUCCAGAAACAAAUGAACGACACACACAUGUCAAUUGACAGUUUGUUUCUCGCGCUGGUGGCGGACAAGACGCUGAAACGCGCGGUGACUGAAGCCGGCUUCACGUUGAAGCAGCUCGAGGAGAAGGCGAAGGCGGUGCGCGGCUCGCGCGCGGUGAGUUCUGCGGAGGACGACGCGACGUUUGACGCGCUGAAAAAGUACGGCGUGGACUUCACCGACCUCGCAGAGAAGGGCAAACUGGAUCCAGUCAUCGGGCGCGAGGACGAGAUUCGGCGCGUGAUUCGCAUCCUCUGCAGACGCACCAAAAACAAUCCGGUGCUCAUCGGCGAGCCCGGCGUCGGCAAAAGCGCCGUCGUCGAGGGUCUGGCGCGACGCAUCGUCGAGAAGGACGUCCCCAGCAGUCUCCACUGCCGCCUCAUCUCCCUCGACGUCGGCGCGCUCAUCUCCGGCGCCAAGUACCGCGGCGAGUUCGAAGAGCGCCUCAAAGCCGUCCUCCAGGAAGUCCGUGACGCCGAGGGAAAAGUCAUCCUUUUCAUCGACGAGAUCCACACCAUCCUCGGCGCCGGCAAAACCGACGGCGCCCUAGACGCCGCCAACCUCCUCAAACCCAUGCUCGCGAGAGGCGAGCUUCGGUGCAUCGGCGCAACGACCUUGGACGAGUACCGAAAGUACGUGGAGAAGGACGCGGCGUUUGAGCGGCGCUUUCAGCAAGUCCACGUCCACGAGCCCUCCGUCCAAGCGACGAUUUCAAUUCUCCGAGGCCUGAAGGACCGAUACGCAACUCACCACGGCGUCCGCAUCCUUGACACCGCGCUCGUCGAGGCGGCGCAGCUCGCGGACCGAUACAUCACGACGCGCUUUCUACCGGACAAGGCGAUCGACUUGAUGGAUGAAGCUUGUGCAAUUGCGCGCGUUCAAGUCGACAGCAAACCGGAGGCACUUGACGUUCUCGAGCGGCAAAAAGUUCAGCUCGAGAUUGAGGUUUUGGCGCUGGAGAAGGAGCGCGAUCCUGCGUCGCAGAAGCGCUUGGCGGAGGUGAAGCAGCAUCUGGCGACGAUUGAAGACGACCUGCGCCCUCUGUACCUUCAGUACACUCAGGAGAAGUCCCGCAUCGACGAGCUAGGCAAGUUGGCGCAGAAGCAAGACGAGCUGAAGGCCAAAAUCGAGCGCGCGCAGCGCAUGGGCGACCUCGAUCUCGUCGCGGAGCUCAAGUACGAUGCGCUCCCCGGCGUCGAGGCGCGUUUCAAGAAGCUGCAGCAGGAACAGGAAGAAUACGAGCGCACGCACAAGCCUCUGCUCACAGAGGUUGUGGGGCCUGAGCAGAUCGCCGACGUCGUUCACCGCUGGACAAACAUUCCAGUUCACAAGCUCACGCAGAGCGAGACCGAUAGACUGCUGUCCCUGCGCGAGACGCUCGCCGAGCAGGUCAUUGGUCAGUCGCAGGCCGUCGAGGCGGUCACGCAGGCGAUUCUGCGCUCCGCCGCGGGCCUCUCCAAGCGCAACAAACCGAUCGGUAGCUUCCUCUUCCUGGGCCCCACGGGCGUCGGCAAGACUGAGCUCUGCAAGCGCGUCGCGGAGUCGCUGUUCGACACGAAAGACCGACUCGUGCGGCUCGACAUGAGCGAGUACAUGGAGCAGCACUCUGUCUCGCGGCUGAUUGGCGCGCCGCCGGGUUACGUAGGGCACGACGAGGGCGGGCAGCUGACGGAGGAAAUCCGCCGAAACCCCUACAGCGUCGUCCUCUUCGAUGAAGUCGAGAAGGCCCACGCGCAGGUCUGGAACGUGCUACUGCAGGUGCUGGACGACGGGCGGCUCACGGACAGCCAGGGCCGCACGGUCGACUUCUCGAAUACAAUCCUCAUCUUGACUUCGAAUCUCGGCGCCACGUACCUUCUCGAGGCCGCGCAGCGCGCCGGCACAGAUGAGCACGCAGCGGCGGAGGCCGCGGCGAAGGAGAUGGUCAUGAUGGAGGUGCGCAAGUUCUUCCGCCCCGAGAUGCUCAAUCGCCUUGACGACAUUGUGCUGUUCAAGGCCCUCACGAACCUGAAUCUGCGGCAGGUGAUGAGCCUGCAGAUGCAAGACGUGCGCGAGCGCCUGGCGGAAAAGCGAAUUGACCUCGUGACUACCGACCGUGCAUGUGAUCACGUUGUCCACGAGGCGUUCGAUCCGGCAUAUGGGGCGCGGCCGCUGAAGCGAUUCAUUGAGAGACACAUCGUCUCGGAGCUCUCCCUGAAGCUGCUCAAAGGCGAAGUUGUCGCCGAUUCGCGCGUCGUCUGCGACUGGGAUCCUGAGGCGCGCAAGUGGCUUUGGACCACGACGGUCGUCGCGCCUCCGACCGGAGCCCAAAGCACCCGAAAGGGCCCCGGUCUCGCCGCAGACGCAGACAUGGAUGACGGCAGCUUGACGCCUGAUUCGAGAACGCUUUCCAUAGGCAGUCGAACUGAGAGCUACACGAACCGCUCCUCCGCAAUGCACACUACGAACGCCAAGAAAUUCCGAUACUAA